AUGAUUAAAUGAACAAUAAUUAAUAUAAAUUUGUUAUUAAUGUUUUUAAUAAUUAUUAAUAAUUUAAUUUUUAAAAAUACUAAUAAUAAUAAUAAUUAUAAUAAUAUUCUUAAAUAUAAUAUAAAUAUAGAAUUAUAUUCUAUUCAAUCACCUUAUAUUAAAAAUAUAAAUGUUAUUAAAAGAGGAUAUCAUACUUCUUUAAAUAAUAAUUUAAUUAUUGUUCAAAAAAAUAAUAAUAAUAAGAAUAAUUUAGAAAUAGAUAAUUUUUAUAAAUGAUUAGUAGGAUUUACUGAUGGAGAUGGUAGUUUUUAUAUUAAAUUAAAUAAUAAAAAAUAUUUAAGAUUUUUUUAUGGUUUUAGAAUACAUAUUGAUGAUAAAGUAUGUUUAGAAAAGAUUAGAAAUAUAUUAAAUAUACCUUCUAAUUUUGAAGAACUACUUAAAACAAUUAUAUUAGUAAAUUCACAAAAAAAAUGAUUAUUUUCUAAUAUUAUAACUAUUUUUGAUAAAUAUCCUUGUAUAACUAUAAAAUAUUAUAGCUAUUAUAAAUGAAAAAAAGCUAUAAUUGAUAAUUUAAAUGGUAUAACUUAUAAUAAUAAUGAUGUAUUAAAUAUUCAAAAUACAAUUAAUAAUUAUGAAGUUAUACCUAAUUUAAAAAUUCCAUAUGAUAAAAUAAAUGAUUAUUGAAUUUUAGGUUUUAUAGAAGCUGAAGGUUCAUUUGAAGUAAUUAAAACUCGUAAUAUUUGUAGUUUUAAUAUUUCACAACAUCAACGUAGUAUUGAAACAUUAAAAGCAAUUAAAUCUUAUAUUUUAACUAAUUGAAAACCUAUUGAUAAUACUCCAUUAAUAAUUAAAAAUCAAUUAUUAAAAGAUUGAGAUUCAUCUAUUAAAUUAACUAAACCUGAUAAAAAUGGAGUUAUUAAGUUAGAUUUCUAUAGAAUAGAUUUUUUAUAUUAUGUUAUUAUUCCUAAAUUUAAUAAUAUAAAUUGAUAUAGUAUUAAAUAUAAUAGCUAUAUAAAUUGACAAUCUAUAGUUAAUAUUUAUAUAAAAGGUUUACAUAAAAUUAAUAAUAAGGAUAUUAUAAAUUAUAUUGAACAUAUUAAAAAUUUAAAUAAAAAAGGUACUAAUAAAAUUAAUUAUAAUAUUGAAUUAUAUAAUAAUAUUAUUAAUAAUAAUAAACCAUUAUAUAAUAAAAAUUAUACAUAUAGACUUAAUAGUAUUAUUCAUAGUAAAAAUAAUAUUACAGGUGUAGGAGUAUUUGUAUAUGAUUUAAAUAAUACAUUAAUUAUAACAUUUACAGGACAUGUACCUGCCAGUUUACAUUUUAAUUGUUCUAAACAUGAAAUCGCUAAAUAUAUUAAAAAUGGUAAUGUAUUUAUAAAUAAAUAUAUCUUAAAAAAUAUUUUAUUAGAUUAA